AUGCUGGAAGCCAUGGAUUCAGACGUGGAGCCAAAGAUCAAAGGCGGCGAGGAUGAGGAUCUCGACAUGGCAGACGCGCCCGGUCAAGUUCCCACCACAUCUCAAACGGCACUUCAGAACAUAGAAGAGGAGCAAACGGAUUUCAUUACGGCGCCGUCAUCACAACCCGAUUCUUCUCUCCCACCUCCAACUAGAGAGGCUUUCUCUCCUUCCACCAUUCUAGAAAGCACCGAGAAGCCCUCAGAAUCUCAAAAGAUGGGACCGAAGAAGAAGGGAACCGCUGCGGUCAAGAAGGUGCCGAAAAGACCCAAGGGUGGCCCAUCGAAAUCAAGCAAGCCCAAGAAGCAGACCGACGCAGCGUCUACGACAUCAUCCGCCAAUCCACACGAUGACUUGGCAGGAGGUUCCGAUGAAGAAUCAGACAACGGACCGUAUUGCAUCUGCCGCGGUCCAGACGAUCACCGAUUCAUGAUCUCUUGCGACAUGUGCGACGACUGGUUCCACGGCGAGUGCAUCGGCAUGAGCAAGGAGGUUGGCGAGAACCUCAUUGAGCGUUUCGUCUGCCCUAACUGCGCAGACGGCGACCAGAACGUCAGCCUCUUCAAGAAGACGUGCUCGUACAGGAACUGCAUAAAGGCUGCGCGUCUCUAUGAUGGGCCGGAGAACAGCAGCGUCUUCUGCAGCGAUGAGCAUGCGCACAUGUUUUGGGAGAAGAGCAUCGCGGCCCUGCCGAAGAAGCACUCAUCCAAGAACGGUACGCAGGACGGACUUACUCAGGAGGAGGCCAUGGGUCUGUUGGCUAGCACGCUUGCCGGUGUCGACUCGGAUGAUGGCAGAUGGAAGGUCCGAACCAAGCCGUUUGCUCCAAAGCAUAACGGAGCUGAAAGCCCUGAAUCUAAGACUAAGAAUCUUAUACCAGCGUAUCUCACCGAGGAGGAGAAGGAGAUUCUUACAGUGUCAGCCGCGGAGCGAAAGAAGCUGGGCGAAGAGGUCCUCCUCUGCCAAAAGAUGCUCCAGAUCCUCGAGUGGUCCAACGACCGGCGAAAGGCCCUCAUCGCCUCCAAGCAAUUCGAAGACGCGGCAUGCGGCUACGACUACCGCCUCGACCAGGUGGGCGUCGUGGGCCCCUUUGCCAACUGGCUCAAGUCGGACGAGGCCAAGGAGAUCUACAAGGCGGGCAACCUCGACGUCGGCAGCCGGCUGAGCGGCGAGGACAAGAAUCUUUGCGACAAGAAGCGUUGCAAGCCUCAUCAGGGAUGGUACUCAAUCCACACUAGAGAUGUGAAGUACCAGAUGAAGCUCCUGGCUGUGGACGCGAACACGAGGCUGGAUGCGGAGCGCCGCAUCAAGGAGGCGGCGGCGGAACGGAAGCUGAGGAAGGAGGCGGAGCACAAUACCGUGCAGCGUGUUUUGCCGGAUGGGUCUCUGGGCCCGCCCAUAGCCACUUGA